AUGCCCAUCUUCCAGUAUGAUCUUGACCACCACCCGGACUUCGUGCCUCUCAUAAUCGGCCCGCCUUCUACCUCGUCCCUCCGACGUUUCUCGGAUGAGAGUCUGCGUACUGGUCUAUGCGAAGGAUCCGUCCCCGACAGUCCUCACGGCAGCCCGGCCCCGGAAAAGAACAGAAGUGACGAUGACGAUGGCACCACCUCUAGCCGUCAGCUUCUCAUUGAGCGGCUCAAGAGAGGCCAGGGCCCAACUUGGAUCCCCUCACCUCACGGACGUGAGACUCACUGGCACACGUCUCCCGAAAAGAAUGAGACUGACGUGUUCUCGGAGCACGAGCCCGUCUCUGAUCGUGGAGACGACCGUUAUGACCGUGAACCCUUCUCCACGGUCUCCCCCACACCAUGCGAGAGCACCAGCCUCCUCCCGGCCGCCCAUUCGAUACCCCGGAAGACCCAGGGGCGGGAACGGUCUGAGGAGAGGCUUCAUGAGGGACUUUCCAUCGAGCGCCCGCGAUCUGCCCUGCACACCGGCGACUUCACCAGCGCCGAAUCCGGACGGCCGGAUCACCACGGGUACCAGCCCAUGCAGCCUGCGUCUCUGUCCGGGAACCCCUUCAUGGUCACAUCGCCACCGAGAGACUUUGCUCCCAUCCACCGCAGACCCUACGCAUCUCGGAGCUCGCUUAACUCGCUGCUCUUCGGCGCGCCGCCGCCGCCCCUAUCGCCGUCCCUGUCCUCCAGCCUCGCGUAUCGGCCGCCGACGAGCCCCCUGGCACAAUCGCUGACCAACGACGACGACACGGCCAUGCUGGGCAUCGACUACUUCGACGGCGAUCUAGGGAGACACCAUCACUACGAUUUUGGGACGCCGCAGUCGUCGUCGCCCUCUGUAUGGCCAAUUAUGCACUCAUCCGAGACGCCUUCGUCGCAGUCCCGACACAGGCGCAUGGGCUCUCUUCCCUCCCAGGCUCACCAGCCCAUGAGGCCGCUGCACUCGACACCUGGGUCUCUACAAGCCAGUGACUCGCCGAUAUCAUUCUCGUCAGCCUCGAAGAUGUCACGCCGCCAGUCGCUCGGGUCCGACAUAACGCCUAUCCAGCACGCGUCCAUGGUGGGCUCCUACGAGGAGAGCAUCCUCCGUGGCCGGAUGUCGACGACACCCUCGAAACCGCUCGAGUUCAUGGCCCAGAUCGGCGUCCUGGGCAUGGGAGACAGCAAGGCGCGCCUCAGGUGCCCGCCGCACGUCACGCUACCCUUCGGCGCCGUCUACUACAGCUACGGCGGCGCCUCGCACGGACGCUCCCAGACAGACGACGGCCCCAGCCCCUACGUCGGCCAGGUGGAUCUGGAGAAUGGGCUGCCGAAUCUGGAGGGCGAAGGCCGAUCGCGUAGGAAGGCCCAAAGCCGUUACGCAGACCGCCGGGUCACCACCGAGGGCCAGGUGGACGGCAAUGAUGGGCGGCGGCAGCAGCAGCAACAACAACAGCAACAGCAACAGCAGCAGCAGCAGGCUAGAAGGGUGACAUCAGCACCCAAGGUGUCGUCGCGGCCGUCGGCCUCGGGGCCACGGGCCCCGCCGGGCGGCAGCUACCGGAUCCCGGAAAGGGGCCAGGUGCAGAUCAUCAUCAAGAACCAGAACAAGACGGCGGUGAAGCUGUUCCUGGUUCCCUACGACCUGGCGGGCAUGGAACCCGGCACCAAGACCUUCAUCCGCCAACGGUGCUACUCGGCUGGGCCCAUCCUAGACGGCAUCCCCAAGUCGGCGGGGCGUGCCGACGACCCGGCCGAGAAGCCCACGCUGCGCUACCUGAUCCACCUGCACAUAUGCUGUCCCUCGCGGGCGCGGUACUACCUGUACAAGAGCAUCCGCGUCGUCUUCGCCAACCGCGUCCCCGACGGCAAGGAGAAGCUCCGCAGCGAGAUGACCAUGCCGGAACCGCGCUUCACACCCUACAAGCCCGUCAGGGUCAUGCAGCCCUUCGCCGCUGCCGCUGCCGCUGCUCCUACCCCUACCCCUACCCCUACCCCUGCCGCUGCCCUUACCCCUCCCACGGGACCCGGCACCGCCUCUCUCGUGGCCGAAAAGGCCCUCCGGAGACGCAGCGCCGGCUUCCCACUCACCACGCCGUCGUCCCAUCCCUCCACAAGAGGCAUAUUACACUCUUCCGACGGACUUGGGAUAAUACGCCACUACGUCUCGUCUGCCGCUGCUACUGCUGCCGCUCCCACUGCCAACAGCGAUAUAAACACGGUAGAUCCUAUUCCACUGCAUCUCCCUCCGCGGAAACGCAUCGACAGCGACGGCAGCAGCAUCGCGGAACAUGACGAGCACAGCUCACCACCCGACAGUGCCUGGCUGCAGGAGGGAGCCCCGGCGCCACGGGACAUGCGCGGCUAUGUCGAUCUGGGCAGUCCCCGCGAACCAUCCCGCCUCUCCCCGUCCGACGUGUCGAGUGGUUCUGCCGAGGGUCUGUUGACCCAACGAUUCCGGUCUAUAGGUGUGAGUGGCGGCAAGACGUCCUCUGAUGGCAGUGACAUGCCACCUCCAAGUAUAUAG